CGGAGGGAUGGGCACCUCCAGGCAUGAAGCCGCCCAGUGGUGAACGCGCACAAGGUGGCGCUGUGCAAGGCUCAGGUGCACAAGGUGAAGGUGCACAAGGUAAUGCCUAUCCUGGUUAAGGGAGCUAAUGGGGAGCUUGUGGGGCUUGGGAAUGUUCUGCUGGUUGAAGGCUUGUCUGCUAACCUUCUCUCUGUGCGGCGACUGCAGAAGAGCAAGGCCGAAGUGACCUUUGGACCAACCAGCUGCCGUGCUAAGCUUGGGAAGAAGGUGCUGUGGAGUCUGGAAGAGGAGACCAGCUGCAUCAAGGACCUUCAUGAGCAGCUGGAAGCGGCCAAGAGGUUGGUCCGCUAUGUGAGUGCUACGGCAUCAGUGGGAUUGGAGUACAGUGGAGUGAGGCAGCGGUUGCAGAGAGGUGCUGCAGAUGUGAAGAGUGGAGAUGCUCUUGAGUUGCUAUACUGACGCUAGCUUCAACUCAGUGAAAGCGGAUGGCACCAGCAUUGGGGGUUAUGUGUGCUUGCUAGGAGGUGGUGCUGUGAGCUGGCGCAGCAAGAAGCAGAAUGAGGUGGGAUUGUCCUCAUGUGAGACUGAGUACAUGGCCUUACACCAUGGGGCCAAGGAAGUGGUAUGGCUGAGGCGUUUGUUGGAGGAGUUGGGAGUUGGUCAGGAGGAGCCGACAGUUGUGUUCUGUGAC